AUAUCAAGGGACAUGAGAAAUGGCACAGCCAUCACAGAGUUCAUUCUCCUCGGCUUUCCUGGGAUCCACGGGCUCCAAGUCCCUGUCUUCACCGUGAUCUUUUUCAUCUACAUACUCACCCUGGCAGGCAAUGGGCUCAUUAUUGUUCUUGUCUGGGCUGAGCCCAGACUGCAAACUCCAAUGUACUUCUUCCUCUGCAACUUGUCCUUCCUAGAGAUCUGGUACAUGACCACGGUCAUCCCUAAACUGCUGGAAACCCUUGUGGUGGCAAGAACAGCGAUCUGCACCCCGUGCUGCCUGCUGCAGUCCUUCUUCCACUUCUUCCUGGGCACCACUGAGUUCUUCAUCCUCACCAGCAUGUCCUUUGACCGUUACCUGGCCAUCUGCAAGCCCCUUCGCUACCCUGCCAUCAUGACCAGCAGCCUCUGCCUGCAACUGGCCCUCAGCUCCUGGGCGGUGGGCUUUGCCAUUGUGUUUUGCCAGACGAUGCUGCUCAUCCAGUUGCCGUUCUGCGGCGACAAUGUCAUCAAUCAUUUCUACUGUGACGUGGGUCCCAUCUUGAAAGCAGCCUGUGGAGACACAAGCACUUUGGAGCUUCUAGGUCUCUUGGCAACCGUCCUGGUGAUCCCAGGGUCGCUGCUCUUCACUGUGAUUUCUUAUGCGUCCAUUCUGUCUACCAUCCUGAAGAUUCCUUCCGCCCCUGGCCGCCGGAAGGCUUUCUCUACCUGUGCCUCUCACCUGACAGUGGUCUCUCUGUUUUAUGGAGCCGUCGUGUUCAUGUACCUGAGACCCACCGCACACUCCUCCUUUAAGAUGAAUAAGGUGGUGUCGGUGCUGAAUACUAUCCUCACGCCCCUUCUGAACCCGUUCAUUUACACCAUUAGAAACAAGGAGGUAAAAGAAGCCCUGAGGAAAGCAAUGGCUUUUCCAAAGACUCGUCGUCAUGCAGAGUAAAACAGGCGACACA